UGCUACAAAUCUCAUGGGUCCACCCCUCCUCAAGGGUGCAGCAGUCUGUCAGCUGGCGCACCCACAACAGCUCCACCGAUUCUCAACAGAGCACUCUCCAAAGGCAAACCCUUCAGGUACUUGUACAGUAGAACAUCUUCUCUCGUUCUUCCUGCCCCUCACGUUUAAAUGGGCCGCUCCAGUCUACAGAAGUGGAUGCAGCCAAGUAAAAUGUACAACAUGGCACAAUAUGUUAAUGUCCAAAAAUAAACAGUGCUUUCAUGGAAUGUAAAAAAGAUUUAUGAUGGUUGCAGUUGGUAAUAAAUAUGUUAAUAUGCAUCUAGGCUCCGGUGCCAGGCACAAAUGCCAUUCACUGCAUCGCUAAAAGCAGUCCAAAUCGGGACAUUCCCGUUUGAUUUACAGUUUUACAGAGUUAGCAGCUAACAUGAAAAUCACAUUGAUGGCUUCACAACAGAUGGGGGAAUUUAAUAUUUGUAUCUUCAAAUAAGAUUGCAAUUGCAAUAGAUGCUGGUAUAUGAUCACCAAUGUAUUCAUGUGACGUGUUUCUUUAUAGUCUCCUGUUUCUUUUCUUUGUAAAGACCUUCCCCCUAGUCCUCCCCCAAUGUUUUCUGUUUCUGUCUUACUUAUUAUUUUACAUGGCUCAUUCCAGGAGUAGCUCCCUGUCCCUCAGUCCAACCCAAAGACACCGGGACACUCAUCACUUCAGGACCCCGCCCAUCUCUCGAGGACCAAGGGUUGCUGGCCUGCACCUGAAAGAGGUGGAUUCUGCAGAGAUGGAGGUGGAGUCUUUAAGA